CAAGCUAAAGUCUAUGAGAAUAGAAUCACAAAAACUUAACCGAAAGGAGGUGCACUCUGAAUUCUCUCGCCAUAAGCAAACUUCAAAAGAAUCAAUGGCGCAUGAGAGAAAGCUUAAGGAGGCUCAAGAACUUCAAGCUAAAACUGCUGCAGAAGCUACCAAUACAGACUACGAUCGUGUCAAAAAUUUAACUUACACUAUCGACGAUGUGGAGCGUUGGGAAGAAAAACUAUCUCAAAAGGAAGCUCGAAAAGAUCACGGCUUUUCAGACUAUGCUCAGAUUGCUGCCAAAAAAUACUCCAAAAUGAUAGCUGACAUCAAACCCGACUUGACAAAGUACCGACAACAAGCAAAUAUUGCAUCAAUGACGCAUGGUAGCAGCGAUGGUACUCAAGAAAUUGUUUCGGAAGACGCAUUCUACAGAUCUGCUCACUCACUCUCAUAUGCAAAUCAUUCCGCUGCUCCCGAUGAGCUAGCUGUGGACCGGCUUGUAAAGGACAUUGAAAAACAGCGUGCACAACGUGGACAAUUUUCUCGACGACGUGCAUUUGAUGAUGAAGAUGAAGUCACUUAUAUCAACGAACGAAAUAUGCGCUUCAACAAAAAAAUAUCUCGUGCAUAUGACAAGUAUACUGCUGACAUCAAGGCCAAUUUUGAGCGUGGCACAGCGCUAUGAUAAUCUAGCUAGACAUCAAAGACUUGGAAAUAAACAAUUUGUAUUUC